AUGAUCUGUGAAUGGAUCAUUUUAACUAUUGCUCUAACGAAGAUAUAUCUCUUUUCUCUCAGUUUAACUCUCCAUUUGGCCAAUGAGCUCUUUUCUCUCGAUUUAACUCUCCAUCUGGCCAAUGAGCUCUUUUUUUACUCGGCCAAUGUGCUCUUUUCUCUCGGUUUAACUCUCCAUCUGGCCAAUGUGCUCUUUUCUCUUGGUUUAACUUUCCAUCUAACCAAUGAGAUCUUUUCUCUUGAUUUAACUCUCCAUCUGGCCAAUGUGCUCUUUUCUCUUGGUUUAACUCUCCAUCUGGCCAAUGUGCUCUUUUCUCUUGGUUUAACUUUCCAUCUAACAAAUGAGCUCUUUUCUCUUGGUUUAACUCUCCAUCUGGCCAAUGAGCUCUUUUCUCUCGGUUUAACUCUACAUCUGGCCAAUGUGCUCUUUUCUCUCGGUUUAACUCUACAUCUGGCCAAUGAGUUAUUUUCUCUCGGUUUAACUCUACAUCUGGCCAAUGAGUUCUUUUCUCUCGAUUUAACUCUCCAUCUGGCCAAUGAGCUCUUUAAUCUCUCGAUCUUAUCUCUCAGUGUAACUCUCCAUCUGGCCAUUGAGCUCUUUUCUCUUGAUUUAACUCUCCAUCUGGCCAAUGUGCUCUUUUCUCUUGGUUUAACUCUCCAUCUGGCCAAUAUGCUCUUUUCUCUUGGUUUAUCUCUCCAUCUGGCCAAUGUGCUCUUUUCUCUUGCACUUUUCUCUCUCGGUUUAACUCUCCAUCUGGCCAAUGAGCUCUUUUCUCUCGGUUUAACUCUCCAUCUGGCCAAUAAGCUCUUUUCUCUCGGUUUAACUCUCCAUCUGGCCAAUAAGCUCUUUUCUCUCGGUUUAACUCUCCAUCUGACCAAUGUUUCUUUUUCUCUCGCUUUUUUCUCUCGGUUUAACUCUCCAUCUGGCCAAUGUGCUCUUUUCUCUUGGUUUAACUCUCCAUCUGGCCAAUGUGCUUUUUCUCUUGGUUUAACUCUCCAUCUGGCCAAUGUGCUCUUUUCUCUUGGUUUAACUUUCCAUCUGGCCAAUGAGUUCUUUUCUCUCGGUUUAACUUUCCAUCUGGCCAAUGAGCUCUUUUCUCUCAGUUUAACUCUCCAUCUGGCCAAUGAGCUCUUUUCUCUUGGUUUAACUCACCAUCUGGCCAAUGAGCUCUUUUCUCUCGGUUUAACUUUCCAUCUGGCCAAUGUACUCUUUUUUCUUGGUUUAACUCUCCAUCUGGCCAAUGAGAUUUUUCUCUCAGUUUAA